AUUGCCGGUCCGCUGUGUCCCUCGAACACAGCGGAUCAUGGAAAGAGCCAAAGAUGUCGGCUCGGUCAUGUGAUCAGCUGUGUCCAAUCACAGCUGAUCACUGAUGGUCAGUGUGCCCUGAUGAUCAGUAUGGUCCCAGAAGUGCCACCCAUCAGUGCCAGUGCCCAUCAGUGCCACAUCAAUGCCACAUAUCAGUGCAUACCAGUGCACAUCAAUGCCACAUAUCAGUGCCCAUCUGAGCUGCCUUUCAAUGUCACCCAUCAGUGCCAGUGUCAGUGUCACCAAUGCAGUGCCGCCUAUCAGUGCCAGUCAGUGCCGCCUAUCAGUGCCAGUCAGUGCUGCCUAUCAGUGUCAUGUAUCAGUGCUGCCUUUCAGUGCCCAUCA